AUGAGCGAUCAACAACAAGAUAAUAGUCAACAACAACCACAACCAACAGAUGAUACAAAUAAUCAAGUUGAAGAAAUCAAAUUAGACGACUCGCAACAAGAUAAAAAUAGAUUGUGCAAACAUAGAGGAUCAUGUAUACACAGUACUCUGUAUACAUGGGCUAGAGGUUUGCUAAUUGGUUAUGGUUUACGUGCAUCAAUGGCUUUACUAUCUGCUAUUUUCAUUAGAAGAUUAUAUAAAAAUCCAAGAAAACUUGUCAAUCAAACAUUAUUACAUAAAGAUCCAAUUGGGUUUGGUUUAUUCCUUGCCUUUUACACUGGUGGAUUCAAAGGUGUCAAUUGUCUGUUGAGAGCCAUUAGACAAAAGGAGGAUGGUUACAAUAGUGCUAUUGCUGGUUUUGUUGCUGGUGCAUCAAUGAUGUUUUCAAAGAGUACUGAAGUAGCUCUCUAUUUAUUCGCUAGAGCUUUGGAAUCUCUUUUCAAUGCUGCUUGGAAGAGAGGAUAUGUUAAAUCAUGGAAACAUGGAGAUACUGCAUUGUUUUGUUUCUGUACAUCAGUCAUGUUUUAUGCAUUUGUUUGGGAACCAAAUACUGUCCGUCCAUCAUACCUUAAAUUCUUGAGUAAGGUUGCUGGAAAGGAUCGUGAUUUAUCACAAGUCACUUCCAAGAUUCGUGAACUCUACUAUAUUUCAAAUGGAAUUAAACCAACUGCUGCUUAA